GAACCUCGAGGCGUCUGGAAGCGUCCUCGCCACCUUGGUAUCCUCACUGGCCUGCGAGACAGUCGAGCCGGAGCACGAAGACGACCGUUUUCGGCACUCGCCGGGUUCUUUGCUUCUGCGUCUCUGCGAGCGCGGCUCCCCUGCGUUAGGUGCGGCGCUAACAUCGGCUGCCGCGCGUCUCUCUCGCACCUUGGCGGCCGCGACGCCGGGCAGCCAAACAGCAACCACGCUCUUGGCCAUGUACAGGAUGUGCGCUUUGCAUCCCGAGCUCUUCGAGUGCCUGCUGUCCGGGGAUGUGACGGCACAUGCAGAGUCGAUCGCCGUGGGGCUGAGCCGGCACCUGACAUGCCAGGAGCCCGCACUCCGCGCUGCGGCUGCUGAGCUAGCCGAGGACUUUGGGGCGCACUUCGCAGGGAAUGAUGAUGAUGGGAGGGUGGAAGGCUGGAUGCGCAAGGCUCAUCUCGCCCAGUGGCUCAUCGAAGCUUGUCAAUCGGGCGAGGACUUGGCCACACGUGCUGCAGCCGCAAGGGCCAUGGGACGAUUCGCCGACGACCCGGUGCUGCUGCGUGGCCUGCAGACCUCAGCGGCGGAUGCACUGGUGUACGCCUGCGCCGACGCGGUGCGCCUGCCGGGAGCUGCCGCCGCCCGCCGGGGACUUCUCCUCGCUGCCACGGGCAGCUUGGCGCGGCUCGCGCCAGGUGCAGGCGCCUACAACCCGGAGGCUCUGGUCCCUUUGCUGCGAGCCGCAGAGCAGCUUCCGCUGAGACCCGGGCCAGGUUCCGUGACUUUGGAGGAGUGUAUGGAGCCAGUGUAUCUUUCUGCGGCGAACCGGCCGAUCGAGCUGCCCUCGUCGCAGUGCCUCGGGAGCCUCUUAGGCCUCUCUGCGGCUCUGGCCCUGCGGAAGGAGGUUGGGUCCCGGCCAUUGAUUUACGGAGCGCUUUGCAAGCUUUUUGUGGGCGUCGCCGAUGCUGCUUGGGCAUCGAUCCAAAGCCGGCUUGCAGGUGCAGAUGAGGGAUGGCCUUGCGGUGACCCGGUGUUGGGUGACGUUGAUGUAAUGGUGCGCUGCGCUGAGAAGCUGGGCUCAGCCACACCGAGUGGCCAAAGCCUUCCGAAGAGCCACCUUGUCGCCUCCCUCGCCGCCCUCCUUUGGCCGCUGCUCGAGCUGGACACGAGCUGCUGGAGCGAAGACCAGGGCCUGGUUCUGCGCGGAUGUUUGGUGAAGCCGCUUGGACACUUGGUUCCCGAGCUGUGCACCGAGGACGACUGCGAAAUGCUGUCCGAAGAUCUUCCUCAAGCGGAAGGAUCAGCCAUGUCCGACACUUCUCUCGCAGCAGGUCGGCUUCUUACGGUGCUCUUGGCUCCCUACCUUUCUCUGGGUACGACUUCCCUGCAGCUCUUGGUGAAGCCAGGAGACCUUUGCCUUGCUUCCGCUUCCCUGCACCGUGGCCAGCGACCGGAUACCUUCAUGGCCUGGCUCGUGUUGGGCGCCGCCCUUCGUGCCAGCGGCUCCAAGGGGGCUGAGCUGGAGGAGGUCGCCCUGGAGAGCUUGAUGGAGGCUGCACUGCCGCUGCUGCCUCUUCGCACGGUGGCAUCGCUUGCCGCAGCAGUUGGCCGCGCCGUCACACGCGCCGCAGCGCUGCCCGAGCGAGCCGCGUUUGCCACGGAAGCGCUGGGGCAGGCUACCCGGGCACUUCGGGGGGCGGCUGCACAGAGCAUGGCAUACACUGGUGCUGAUGAGGAGUGGAGGUGGCUGAAAGAGGAUGGAGCUGCAGAACUUGGCUCGGCAUUGGGUUGGCUGCUGGCGACGGUGGAGGAUGCAGAGGAUGCCAAGGAUGUUCUCCUCAGCGCAGUGGUCUUGGAAUAUUUGGAGGGCUGCCGGCUUCGCCAGGUCGCAGAAAACAAGUCGGCCAGCGAGAUCGUGUGCGAGCCGGGGGAUUGGGCCUGGUUAAGCCAAUGCCUGCCUUCUCCGAUGUGGAUGGCACAGCGAGUGGAGGUCUUGCUGGGGCACGCCCUUCAGGUGCACAUUGACGGCCUCACAAUGCACAGCCGGGCGGCUGCUGGCGGGAUGCUGGCACUGAUGACAACCUGCUUAGCAGAGUCCAAAGCAGCAGGUGCUAUGGUCAGCAACCACGUCGUUGCCGGCAUCGCAAUGAAGUGGCAGCAAUCCGCCAUGUCGGAAGCCUGUCUAGAAGCAGGUGAAGUGCGCCUUGUGGAAUGCAUCGCCCUCUUCCUGCUACCUGCCACUGAUCUCUGCUUGCCUGCACUUUCGGGGUCUUGCACGGGCCUGUUGUCAACCGUGGCUUGUCGUGGCUUCAUGUUUUGA